AUGAUCAUGUUCAAGCUCUUCGCAGCUUUACCUCUCGCCCAUGGCGUUAUUGCACAAUCCGCCGGCACUGGAGAAAAGGUCUGGGCUGCCGUCGCAUUCAUCAACCAUGGCGAAAGGACACCCGUAAUAGCCAAUCUUCGUACCGUAUUGACACCUGAGGGAGCUCAGCAGAUGCUGCGACAAGGCACUGCGAUUCCGGCGCUCGAUAUAUUCCAGACGAAUCUCAAACCCGAUGUGAUUGACAACGACGACAUUGACAUCAUUACUCAGACAGAUGAAUGGGUAUCGACUGGUGCUCUGGCCUUUAUGCAGGGCUUCUAUCCGCCAUCACCAAACGCAUUUGACAAUAGCACUGGAGGCGAAGAGAUUGCCGUGAACCUGGCUUCUAGCGAUAACAAGACUGAAUAUCCGCUAGACGGAUAUCAAUACCCCAGUAUUCGAGCUCCUGGUUACUACGAUCCAGAAUCAACAGCAUUACAAGGCACUUAUAGAUGUUCAGCCUGGCAGACAGAGAUCACCACAAACCUAACGCAGGAAAACGGGCUCGACGAGCUCUAUGAUUCAACUCUGCCCUUCUAUCAAAACCUCUUCUCUACUGCUCCAUUUGAUGGCACAAUUGACAUUGACUACGCCAAUCUCUGGAACGCAUACCAGCUUUGGGAAUUCGUUGAUUAUCAGUAUCGACACAAUGAGACUGUCCACGAGGGGCUCAAAAACGCAAACUCAACGCUGUCUUUUCUGAACACUUACGCCUUGUCGAUGGAGCGCGCACAAAACAGCUACCGCGGCUCAGACGACGACAGCGAACUUGGCGCUCUCUACUCUGUCGCCGGCCGAACCAUGGCGUACAAAGUCGCAUCGCAGUUCAGGAGCAACAUUCGCUGGGGAAGCAGCUACAACAAACUCACACUCAUGUUUGGCUCUCUCGAUCCCAUUGUGAGCUUUAUUCAACUCUCAGGUCUUGUCACCCAAGACAACAUGUUUCAAGCGCCUUGGUCAACGCUCCCCAAGCCUGGCGCAGCAUUGGUCUUUGAGCUCUUUGGCGAAGAUCCAGAUGAUCCUGAUAGGCAGCCAUCCACGGAUAGUCUUCGUGUGAGAAUGUCCUACCGUGCUUCAGCAGACGCAGACGAGUCUUUCCAGAACCAGCCCAUCUUCAAGUCUGGUCCUGAUGGUAUCGCAUACUCGAGUUUCAUACAGACUAUGAAUAACCUUGGAAUAUCACCUAACCAGUGGUGCGACGUCUGUAGCCCGACACCUGCUCCUUGGUGCAUCACCGUCGACUCGGAUGGCUCCAACUGGGGAGAUGACUCUUCAAUUGGGCCAGUCAUCGCAGGAGUUAUCGGAGCAAUUAUUGCAAUCGCUGUUCUGGGUGUUCUACUCCUUUGCCUGUGUGUCUGCGGCGGUCUUCGGCUACGUCGCAAGGGUCCUGAAGAGUCAACACACGGUGCCGCUGCUGUAGGGGCUACCGCAGGAGGCUUCAAGGGUCCAGAAAAGAAAGAUGGCGAUGCGGAUGUGGUGGUGACAAAGCAGGGCAUUCACCAUGAGCGCGUCGGUAGCUGGGAGCUCCGAAGUCCAAACGAAAUACCUCCUCAGACUUCUGGAAUCGUGACCAAGGACAUGGGAUCUCCCCCUCAGAGACGAUCGCUGGAUGACAGUGACGACGAUAUCAGCGUCAUGAAUGCGGCACCAGUGAAGGCUCGCGAGAGUGUUUGA